AUGUCUGAUUCGGAAUCAGACUCAUCUUCAGCUCCAAACACGUCUCAGCUCAUCAGUACCUUAGAGCUCAUGAUCGACAAAAGCGAAUUUCUAGUGAUCCGUUAUGACUACCCGAAGGUGGACCUACAAUCGCCCGCAAAACUGGGGCAGAACCAGGAACUCUUGAACGGAACGAGGCAUUCGAAACUGCUACUUUCGAUCAAGGAACAACACAACUCGCUUGUUGCAGCUCUCGACUUACUCGAUCCCACUGAAGAGCCGAUCCCAGACUUUGACUUGGCUUUGAAGAUCGUAUCCGCUCUUGAUGAAACUCUAUGUACUUUGUAUCUUACUAUGGGCUCGGUCGAAACGAGGGACAGAAAUUACGACGAUCUCUUCAAACAUCUGAAAGCUUUCAGAUUCUCUCCCUUACAUGAUCAAAUCUGUGAGUUGAUUCAAUCCGAAAUCAAUAUGCAAUACGAAUGGUACCUCUCAUUCAUUGAAAACUACAAGCGACCAAGCAAGCUUAGUCCAGAAGAGUCUGAGCAUCAAGCCAAAAGGGGACAACGAAUAAUCGAGGGUGUAACCGAUUGCAAUCGUGCGAUUGAUGGCAUAAUUAAAUGGUCCAAACGCUCCGAUUUCGCCAUUCUCCGACAGGGCUGGCUAGAGACAAUCGGAUCACUCGAUGAAACAUUAGAACGCAUAAAAAUCCAACUCAAUCCCCAGGGGGAACUUCCUCGAAUUGCUGGUGCAGAUGAUCAAAGACGGCCCGAAGAUCGAUACGCUGAGGAAAUUAUCUCUCGGGCGGGAAAAUCGGUCAUACCCUUGCUCAAGUUGACCCGAAUUCUGUCAAAGAAGUUAAUGGAAAUCACCAAGAACAACUCGCCUUUGAUUCUGGAUUCGAAGAAGAUUGAUUGUUGGACGCUUAACCUCUUAGCCAACGAACCGGAUUCGAUGAGUCGGGCUUUCGACGACUUUGUGAAUUUCGCUCGGCUCAACUUUCGCUUGAUUAACGAUUUAGCUUCGUAUCGGUCUCAAGUGAACCUCUCAUCAGAAAUCCUAGGGCCCAUCUUCCUCGUCCUAGGCUCUCAUGUCAUCACUUUGGAGGACGGGAUCGAUCAUUCAUCAGCCAAAGAUCACUUCAAUGCUUGGUCUCUCAAUAUGAAAGAUCUCUGGCAUAAAGCUGCCAAUCGUUUCCUGGAGGACUUGACUGUCGAUGAUGAUUGGGGACCACCUUAAUAUAUCAAUUAGUCCAUCAGACGACAUGGCACACUCUCUUAAAAUAUCACUCGAAAUACGGAACACGAUAUAAACCCCAAUAAACCAAGUGCUUAUUGGGAUGUGGGCCCCUUCUUCUUAAACGUUAUCAGAUAAACCAUUAAGUCAUGAACUGAUGCUUCCAGUUCCCACACACCAAUACAGCCCACUUUCUCCUCUUGUGUCCAGCCUAUCAAAUUUCUCUAUUUAUCCUAAUUUGCGUGUGUAUAACAGUUGUAAUCGAAGUAAAAGCUCAGUUGAUACACUUCGAGUUAUCGAAUAAAAUUGGAUCAAGUGAGAAUAUAAGCAUCUACAUAUAACUAAAUAGAUAGGCUCAGAGAGCCAAAAAAACUGUCAUGCAAUCCAAUGCUGGUGUCGAC